AACUGGGCUGGGCUGGGUAUUCCCAUGGGUAUUUACGUAAUUUUAAAAAAAAAAACAGAGUCACGCGAUCGUCCAUUCAAAUCCCGCUUGCCAAAUUCACUUUUAAAAUUAAAACGGCCGUCCAAAGUCCAAACAACUCAAAAUCAACUCCUCUUUUCCCCCAAAACGUGACUUUCAGAUUUUCAGUUGGGACACUUUGAGCUUUAACCGUCAAAUCUUCAAUCAUUACUUUCCACAUUUCCACUCCAUUUUUUUUUUUUUAGAGAAAUUAGACAAAUGGAGAGCGAUCUCUUGGAGAUAUCGGGAGAAGACGACGAUUCGUUGCUUUUACAGAACCACCAAGCUCUAAACGACGACGUUUCCACCUCCAACACUUACCGUUUCUCUUGCUCCCCUCUCCAUUUCCCUAGAUCUGAUCCCCCAGGUCAGAGAGCGAAAAACCUUAGCCUUUCAUCGAUUGUUGACAAAGAGAAUAUUAUUAACAAUGCUGUGAAUAAAUCAGAGCUUACAAAGCUGAGCUUGGAGCCACAGCAAAUGAAGAGGAAGAAGAAAGCUGGAGGCUAUAAUCUGAGAAAAAGCUUAGCUUGGGACCGUGCUUUCUUCACUGAAGAAGGCGUUUUGAAUUCGACGGAAUUAUCUUUGAUUAGUGGGAAUUUUGGUAAGUUGAGUGGGGAGAAAUUGUUGGCUAUAGAAGAAGAGACAGAACCGUUAUCCAGUGAUUCACAGGAUUUGCAGGCACUUGAGAAUAAUUUAUUUAAUAAGUUGCCAUUAAAUAAUCGUAGUAAGAAAGAGGAGAAGAAGAUUGGUAGUAGCUUACUGCAGAAGAGUUCCGCUUCAGCCUCUCAUUCCGUGGUGAAACAAAAUGUGCUUCCAGUUCAUGAUGUUAACAGAAGUGGUUCUAAGCGUAGCGGUUGUCCGAGGCCUGUUAUGUCUUCUGCUCUUAAAAGACCUGCAAAUGUGAGCUCAACAAAAGCAGCUGUUAAGGAGCCUAAAAUUUCUAAAAUACCUGCCCCAAAGCCAGUUUCCUCAGUCCUUUCGAUAACUGCCAAGAGUGCUCCGAAAAUAAAUAAACCAAAGCCAAAUCAAGGUGCUCAAGCAGCAGUCAAUUCCCACAGAAGCAUUGGAUUGACGGUUUCCAAAAAAAGUACUAGAAGCACUCAAAAUGAUGGAAAAUCUAUUGUUUCUAGUAGGUCUCAAAUCACAAAAUCCUCUACUCAGCAGGCUAAAAGAUGUGUGGGAAGUUUAGCAUUGAAAAGCCAUUCAUCAACCUAUUCACACCAUCAACUGGUUACUAAGGCAGAUAAUGGCUUAAAGGUAAACCAAGACACUGUUGUGGCUGUUGGUCAUGGAUCUAUCAAUCAUGGAGCUGGUUCCAGCAAAAUUACUUCUUUUCCUCAAAGUGGUUACCAUAUCCAUAGAAGCACUCAAUAUGAACAGGCACAAUUGGCAAAACCAUCUGGUUUACGGAUGCCCUCACCAUCAUUGGGAUUUUUUACUCAGUCAAAGACUAAUGCUUCACAUAAUCUACAGAGCAGUACCCAAUCGUGCAACAAACCAAAGUCUAAUAUUCCUAAUUUGCGGAAGCUAGGUGUCUUAAAUUCUAUUUGUGAGAGCCCCGCUCCUUCUGUGAAAGUAGAUGUAGUGGCUAAUGAUGUAGCAGCAAUUACAAAUGCAAGGAUGUCAAGCACAGAACCAUCUGUUCCAUCGAGUGCUAAUUCUUUAUGCGAAAAUAUCAAACCCAAUUCAAGAGGAAGUAAAAUGCUGAGGUUGGAAGUGAAGGUUCCUUGUAAUUCUAACAAUCAUGAAUUAGCGAAUAAUCAACAAACAUUGCUCACCAAUGACAAUGAUCUUAAUCAGCAAAUUGAGAAUGUAGGAUUGCAGUAUACUGAUGACAAAUUACUCUUGCAAAAUCAAUCCUCCAAACAAGUGAAACUAGAUCAUAAGAGGAGGGCAGAUCUUGUCAUCCCCAGAAGUCCGGAUCAAAAUGGGCAUGAAUUUAAAGAUACCUGUUUUCUCUCUCACCAUAGCCUGCAAAUAGAAGCUGCCUCGAAGGCUGAUAAUGUUGGCAACCAAGUUUCAAGAAAUGAACAGCAUAAUUCAUUAGAGGAUUUUGAUCUUUUUCCACAGUUGCAUUACAGUGAUGUGGAUGGUUGUAAUGUACAUGGUUCUCCAAAAGUAAACAAUGACCAGAUAAGCAUUCAUGAUGGCCACGAACAAUCAAGCAAACAAGCUGAACAGGCAGAACCUUGCAUCUUUGAUGAUCAGAUAAUUAAUGAGAUUGAGAGGCCACAUAUUAAUGAAGGCACCUUGCUUCAGGAGGGAGAACCUUCAGAAGAAUUUCUUAGUUUCAACAGUGUGCAUAGUAAAGAUAUCUGUCCAGAAGUCAGAGAUUGCAGUGCCAGUGAAUUGGAAAGGACUGAUGGUCUACCUCAAUAUGGAGGCAGAAGUCAAGGUAAAGAUGGUGCUGAUGGGGCUGAUGAUUUGAAUCUGCAAUCACAUGUAGGAGAUGAACAAAUGCAUGCUACCAAAGGUAAUCUAUCUCUUGAAUGCUGCAGUUGUCUUCCGAAUGCUUCAGAAGCAGGUAAUCAUCACACACUUUUCAAUGAUGUAAACAAAAAACCAGUUGAACAGCCACCACUUCUCAAUCCAGGCAUUAUAGCAGAAACAGUUUUCCAGGAUAAUUGUGGAUCAUAUUCAACUGAUUGCUUAUUACGUGGAGACAUCUUUUCUUCUGAAAGGUUGCAUGCUGAAAUAAAUCUUCAAAAUGUUAAAGAUGUUGCAUCAGAAAUAGCUGAAGCUUGUCAAAGUGAAAUGGCAAAAUCCAGUGCUCCUUGUUGGAUACCUCCUGCACUGCAUAAUUGCAUUCAUGAGAUGGCUGAGGUGGUUGAGUGCCAACAUAUAGAGAAUGAGGUCCCAGUUACACGGUGCAACCAUGACAUUGCGCUCCUUUGUGAAGCUACAUCCAAGGGAUCAGAAAGGAUCAGGGAAGAUCAAGUAACUGGAGCAAUAACUGCUUGUGAUAUUAGUGUCAGUAAUGACUGCCAAAGCGGUGGAGAUCUCAAUGGUAGUGAAAUGGAUAAUUCCCACUUAAUAUCCCACCAUAGCCCAUUAGUGCAAUCUAAAGGUUAUUCUGAUGUAGAUGAUAUCAUUGACCUCAAAAGUAUUGAAGGCAAUCAAUAUUGUUUGUCUGCAAAAUGUAACUCUUCCAUUGCAGAGCCAGGAGAAAAGAUCACUUCUUGUCAUGUUGAUGUACCAGCCAUGCUCACUAACUCAUCGGUUGAUAAGCAAAAUAGCAGUGAAAAGUCUAUUGUCCAAGCUGAGGUGAUACAGUCCUCUGAAGCUGGUAAAGCAUUUCAAGUGAAUCAGAUUCCAGAGGCUUGUCUUGGCCUUUUAUCUAUGGAGGGAAACUAUUUUGAUAGUGACAACUGUGCAGAUGUUAGUCCAAGAGAUAAAAGUUUUGUUAGACAAGCUGUUGAAGGUCCUUCUGAUCUGUAUCAAGUUGAACACGCAGAUGAACCAAAUGAAAUGUGUGCUGCUGGAGCUAAUGAGAUGACUAUGAGAUCUUCCGGGAAAGAUGCACACUUGCAGUUCUUCAAUGAUGGUAUUUCAUUUGAUAGCUGCAAAAGUAACCUUUUCGCUUCAGCAGAAAGUAACAAUUUUGCAGUGGUUGAGGAUUUAAAUGAACCUUGUGAGCUUCAAAAUAUUGUCAUUGUUGAACCAACUAUAUCAGACAAAUUUGGAUUGUCUAUUAAUAAGGAAAUAUCAAGUUAUGUCAAGAUUAAGCAGUCAGAUAACAAUCAUGACUGUUAUAAUGAUAUGAUCAAGCCAACCUCUUUGAAUUUUGAGUUAUCUUCAUUGAGUGAAGAUCAAAUUUCUGGGGCAGGAAAUACCUGCAAGUCGCAGGCAUUUGGCUCUUUGAAUGAGGAAUCAGCAUCCUCAAUCAAAACAAAUCCCACCUCUUCUAGAGGAAAUGUCUUACUGGAAGAAGUCAAAAGAUUGGAGAAUGAUGUGCCACAGGAAUUAAACAGUGCCAUGAUCCCUGUGGAAGCUAAUGGUGGAACAACUUCGUUGUCUGACUUGUUUUAUAGCAGUGAGAAAACUGGCGAUGACAAAAAACAAAAUGCUCCUGUAGUAAAGCCCCCUCCAAAUGUUGUUCCAUUUUCAGAUGAAUGGUUAGCUGCAAUUGAAGCUGCUGGAGAGGAAAUUCUAACAAUGAAAAGUGGCGCUGUACAAAAUUCACCCAAGGACAAAGCUAUACCUGAACCUGGUCCAUGGUCCCCGGUGAAAAGGAGAAACAAUCAGGGGAUCGGACCAUUUGACUGCACAAAAUUCACAAACCCAAACAUCCCGCCUGGUUCUGAUUAACGGAGGCUGAGAUUCACCUAAUCAUUCUUUUCUACAGCUAACAAAAGUGACAAUUGUACUAUCAUGCAACACCUAGCAAAGGUUUGAAUGUUCGAGCAAACAUAAAUGCUGCAACUCUGGCAUUUCUAAAAAAUGCUAGAAAGUUCUUUCGUAUAAUGUAGUGUUUCAGUUUGAUCAGUUCUCAAAUCUCAAUCAGACACUAUUUAUUUUUGAUGAAAGUACUAAUUAAUAUGGAUAAUUUGUAAUAAAAGUUGUCGAUCUGCAGAAAAUUUGUGUUUGAUAACUUUCUGUGAUCUAAUCAAUUAUUCUUUAUUUAAUAAACGGUAU